AGCACACUACAUUCAUGUGUGUGCCUGUGCCUGUGCCAUCGACCUCAACUGGGGUCAGGCCACAUAAAAGAAGGCGGGCGGGCCCUCCAUGCCUUCCCUCGCACGUACUAUACUUAAGUCCGGCGGGCUGCUGCGCGCUGCAUCGUUUUAUUCUAUUGGACCGGCAUGUAAUACAACAGGCUGGCCCUGAGUUGUUUUCGAGGGUCCCCCUUCCACGCACACACGCACACACACUCACUGGGGGGGAGCGUCAUCCGCCGCGGCCUGACUCCUGCUGCUGCUACCUACACCUACCUUGCUUCCACCACUCCGGACGAUACUACCGCCACCACCACCAACUACCACGCAGACGCACUCACAAACCAGACACACACGCCGCGCCUGCCUACCUGCCAGCCUGCCUGCCUGCCUGCCUGCAACCCUCCCCGGCACCAACACAAAUACGACCUACAUACCCAUCCAUAUCCCAGGGUCGCGGCACAGAAACUUCCUCGGCCCUUCUAACUCCUUUUUCUUCUCUGCUUCCCGAAGCGUUGUAUUCUCCUCCUGCAGGCGCCGUGCAUUACUAUUCCAUGUUGCUGUUGGUGCUGCUGGUGUGUUGUUGUCCCUGUCGUCGUCUAGUUGCAUACUAGACAUACAAGCCAUGAUGAGUCCAGACAUGUUGCUGUCUGGCACUACCGACUCGGAAAGGACCACGUCGGGGGAACCCAUGAUGACCACCUUCGCCGUGGCCAAGCAGAAGCGCGCGACGCGCGCCAAGUUUGCCAAAGUACGCACCGGCUGCGUGACGUGUAAGCGGCGACACGUCAAAUGCGACGAGACGAAACCAUGCUGCAAAAACUGCCUCAAGUGGGCAGGAUAUUGCAGCGGCUACGAAAGCCCCGAGUCUCUCCAACAAUCAGGGUCGUCACGGUCGCGGGCAGCAUCCUCCUCCUCCUCUGCCUCCCAACGGGCAAGAACAAGUCCCCCCCUUCACGCUGGUCAACCACCCCCGACACCAUCAUCGUCCCACGGAAACAGCUGGACGGACGACGCAUCAUCGGUGUCGAGCGCCGCGUUCUCGACCAUGGCCCCCAGCCCUCCAGAAUUUGGCGGCGUCGAGCUGGUCUCCGCUAGCUACCUCGACAACGCUCCUCCUCCUCCUCCUCCUCAUCAUCAUCACCAUCAUCGUCCAUCGCCACCAUUCUAUCCGCCACAGCGCCAGCAAGCCGCGGCCAUGGAUUCCACCACAGUGGUUUUGGAUGACGCGUUUUGGAAGCAGACGAUGCCGCACCUCGUACGGGAGAGCACGGCGGUGCGGUACGCCAACAUAGCCGUCCACACGCUCAUCUUUGCCAAGGGGCCGACCAUUAUACACUCGGCCGACGGCCACCACCACCAACACCAACACCAUCAACAACAGGAUUAUCCGCCGCCGCCGCACCAGCAGCACCGCCGGCCGACGGCAGGGCCGCGCCAGCAGCAACACAGUGUCCGAACGACGGCCGACCACUACGGUCGCGCGCUGACGUGCUACGGGCACGCGCUGCGCGAGGCGCGACGCACCACGGACCUGCACGAGGCCAUCUUGUGCGCCGUCUUCUUCGUCAUCUUCGAGACCAUAAACGGCGACCAGGUCGCCGCCGAGGCGCACCUGCAGAGCGGGCAGCGCAUCCUCGACGAGCUCUGCAGCGGCGGCGGCGGCGGCGGCAGUUCGGACUCACGGACGACGGCGACGGCCACGACGAGGCCAAAGUUGAGGGGCAUGCUUCGCCAUGUGCUGCAGUUCCUCGCCGUGCAGGCGCGCGACUUUGACCGCUCGGAUGACAUUCGGCAUGGUAUCCCGCUGGACGAGAUGCCGUGCGAGGCGUAAAGGACGAGACAGUGGAAAGAAAAGAAGAAGGAGAGAGGAUAUUCGUGGCAUUUAUCUGCCCCUUUAGUCGUUGCUGCAUUGUUCAUGCCAGAGUUGCAUUGCCAUGUUGCGGCUACCAACUAACACCUCCAA